UUAAGGCACUGCAAUUUGAUGACUUGACGAACAGUGGUUUUAAUUUUCACCACCAAAAAACACUUUACUCAGCACUCUUUUACAUUUUUUUUCGUUAGUAUGCUGAUAAAGCAGGCGGAGUAAAGUUUGCUGUACAUUAGAUAGUAACUGGCAGUGGCAACUGAAAAUCAAAGGUCUGUGCACCUUGGACUUGUAGGAGCAGCAAGGAAGACAAGACGAAGCAGGAACCGGCAGAUACUGUAAGAAACGUCUGUCUUCUGAUCCAUGUCCGCGAAUCUGAGAAACAUUAGAAACACGAUGACUUCCCUUUCGGAACUGAAAGAAAUCUUCCGCACGGCAGAUGCUGUUUGCUUUGAUGUGGACAGCACCGUUAUCAAAGAGGAGGGCAUUGAUGAGUUGGCAAAGUUUUGCGGGGUAGGAGAUGCCGUUGCAGAGAUGACACGAAAAGCAAUGGGAGGAUCUCUGACAUUUAGGGCAGCUCUAACAGAGAGAUUGGCAUUAAUUCGGCCUUCAAGAGAGCAAGUACAGGCAUUGAUAACUGAACAUCCUCCAAGACUUACUGAAGGGAUCAAGGAACUAGUCCGCAGACUACAUCAAAGGAAUGUCCAGGUAUUUCUCAUAUCAGGGGGCUUCCGUAGUAUUGUGGAACAUGUGGCUACAAAACUAGACAUCCCUCCAACAAAUGUGUUUGCAAACAGACUCAAGUUCUACUUUAAUGGGGAGUAUGCUGGAUUUGAUGAGACCCAGCUCACAGCAGAGUCUGGUGGUAAAGGAAAAGUGAUUGGUCUGCUGAAGGAGAAGUAUGGCUUCCGUAAAGUAGUGAUGAUCGGAGAUGGAGCCACUGACAUGGAAGCAUGUCCUCCUGCCGAUGGCUUCAUUGGUUUCGGAGGUAACGUGACAAGACAGCAAGUUAAGGAGAAAGCAAAAUGGUACAUUACAGACUUUGAGGAACUCAUGAAAGAACUUGACAGCGACAGCAUCAAAAUAAAUCAUAAUAAUAUAUUUUAUUAGUGUUUUCUACAUCUUGUGUAUAGGAUAUUCUAUUUUAUAUUGUUUAGGUAAAGACAGAAUGCGGUUUGUUACCUUCUUAGUAAAUACUGUAAUACAUUGUUUUGCACAGCUCUUUCAAUAGUAAAGGGUUACUUUUUGCACUUAACCCAGUGUAAUACUGAAGGCCCUUAGAUGUAAUUGUUUUACUAACAUUUCAUUGUCCCUUUGUUUUUUUGUUUUUAAAUAAACUAAUUAGGUAAAGUA